AUGUGUCGUUUGAAUAAGAUUUUUGCGUUUCUUUCUGUUGCAAUUGGGAUCAGCUUGUUAUCCGGUGCUGAGAUUAGAAAAUCAGCGAAAUGUCCCGGUCGGUGCAGUUGUGCAAGGGAUGCUAUCAUGUGUGUUGGAACUUCAUCUGUCCCAAGGAUACCCCCCAAUGAUAUAACUUCCCUGAGUUUGGUAAACGGAAGUUACCGCGAAAUAACAGAAGGGUCGUUUUUAAAUUUGCCAUUUUUGCAACUUCUACUCCUGAAUUCAAAUUCAGUUACGUCAAUAAAUGAUGAUGCCUUUGCUGGGCUUCCACAUCUAGAGUAUUUAUUCAUUGAAAACAACAAAAUUCAGUCUAUAUCAAAACAUGCUUUUCGAGGCCUUAGAGGUUUGAUCCAUCUUUCUUUGGCUAACAGCGGCAUCGGAUCCUUGCCAAGAGAUGUCUUCAGUGAUUUGGAUUCCUUGAUUGAACUAGAUUUACGUGGAAAUGAGCUCCAAUGUGACUGUAAAACAAAAUGGAUGACCACUUGGUUGAAGACCAUAAAUGCCACUGUGACUGAUGUUUUCUGCGCUGGUCCACCAGAACAAGAGGGAAAGAAAUUAACAGAUUUGACAGCUUCUGACUUUGACUGCAUGUCUACAGAAUUUGUGCUGCACCAGAUUUUGCCAUAUGAGUCUAUAUCUGUGAACACGUUCUCUUUUAAAAAUGAUGUAUAUGUAGCAAUUGCCCAGCCGAAUGUGGGAAAUUGCAGAGUGCUCGAAUGGAACUAUAUUGAGAAGAAUUUUAGAAGUUACGACAAUAUAACUGGUGAGUCGAUAAUUGGAUGUAAAGCAGUAACAAUUGAAGAGCAAAUCUUUGUUAUAGUUGCACAACUCUUUGGUGAUUCUGCCAUUUACAAAUAUGAUGAGAGCUGGACCAAAUUUGUGAAAUUUCAAGAGAUCAAAGUUUCAAAAAUUUCAAAGCCAAAUGAUAUUGAGGCAUUCCAAAUUGAUAACGAAUGGUUCUUUAUUAUAGUAGACAGUUCAAAAGCUGGGUUAUCAACAAUAUAUAAAUGGAGUGGCAAAGGAUUCUAUUCCUAUCAGACUCUGCAUGAAUGGUUCAGGGACACAGACUCAGAGUAUGUCAAUAUUGAUGGGAAAUCAUGUUUAAUAUUAACAAGUCGGUCACAAGAUCCAGCCAUCUUUGAAUGGAACAAAAAAACAAAGCAGUUUGUUCAAAAAAGUGCAAUGAAACAUAUGGAGGAUGUUAUUGCUGUGAAAAGUUUCAGAAUUAAAAAUGACCUGUUCAUCUGCCUGACAAGAUUUAUUGGAGAUUCUAAAAUAAUGAAAUGGAAUACAACACAGUUUAUUGAAGUGCAAGAUAUUCCUUCACGAGGAUCAAUGAUACUGCAACCAUUUUCAUUCAAGGAUCGCCACUAUUUGGUUGUAGGAAGUGACUACACUUUCUCUCAGAUUUAUAUUUGGGAUAGUCAAAAGAAAUCCUUCACAAAAUUUGAGGAAAUGUAUGUACAAGCCCCUCGAUCUUUCACUCCUGUAUCUACAGAUCGAAUGGAUUUUUUAUUUGCUGCAAGUUUUAAAGGCAGCACUCAAAUUUUUGAGCAUGCAAUUGUUGAUUUGAGUCUGUAA